AAAAAUGACAAAUUUGUCGUAGAAGCAUGAGAAUGCUUUAAUUAUAUAUUUAUUGGAUUUAACAUUUAAGAAAAAUCUUGCCAAACCAUGGUAAACGCAUCAAACGCAGUAAAUAGCAAGUAGUUGGGCCUAGUUCAGCGUUUAUUGUCUUUAGACAGGUUUUUUUUUAUUAGAAGCUGAACAACACGAUAAGCAUCAUGAUUGGGGAUCUGAUCAAAAUGCUGAAAAGCAAGGAAAUGAGGGACUAUUUGAUGAGCACCCACUUUUGGGGUCCCUUUGCAAAUUGGUCUAUACCUUUGGCUGCCAUUGCAGACACACAAAAGAGUCCCGAAAUAAUAAGUGGAAAAAUGACGUUAGCUUUAACACUUUACUCUAUGAUGUUCAUGAGAUUUGCGUUAAGGGUGAAGCCUCGGAACCUGCUACUUUUUGCAUGCCAUUUCACGAACGAAUGCGCCCAAAUCACGCAGGGUAUCAGGUUCAUUAAAUAUCACUUCAUAGACCGUGAUUUGAAGAAGGAAAUACCCGUUGUACCUAAAUAAGUAAUUAACACGCAGUUUAUUGCUCGUUGUAAUUUUUAACAUAAAGGCAGACAGUACUGUGUUAAACAUUACCUAGUCAUUAAUCAAAACGACGAGUUUACAAUUUGUGAUCCAAUUAAGUGCAGGAAAAGAUUGACGUGCCUCAUGUAUCUAAGUUUGUUUACAUUGACACACAGCGUCACACAGAGCGUCCGUUAUUUAAUCAACCUUAUUUAAAUUUAAUUCUUAUUUUUGUAAAAACGCAUGAUAUAAACAAUUUACACAUUUUUGUUAAUUAGAAUAUUUUAUACUUAAUUGUAGGCAUUAGAAUUACGUACCUAUUCUACGUGCAAAUUACUUGCACCAAAAUAAAUUCUAUUAGUUUGCGUAGUUAACACACUCGCAACGAUCGGUAUUCAGAUCGAUCGGUCAAAGUAAAAAAUACUAAUGAACUAUCGAAAUACGCAAGGAGAAUGCUGCAAGACAGUAUUUAUUAUAAAUAAAAAUAUUUCGAUGCAUCAACGCGAUUAAAAAUUGUUACCGCAUAAAGUCGAAUUGAACUUUAAAUUUAAUAAAUACUGAGUUGAUCGCCACGUGUUGGUCUUAAUCAAACUGUAAAAGGUUGCUUAUUUAACGGACAAAGUAUCAUAAACAUUGUCAGAAGCAGGAGUUCAUGUAAAGAUAGUAUUUUUUAAGAAGCCAAGGGUACCUAAUAAAAUUUUUAGCUGAAAAUAUCAAGAGGUCGCUUCUAUUUGGCUGUUACAUCGAACUGUAUCUACAACGUUUACCUUGUAGUAAUUUGGCGGCAAAUAUUCAUAAUUAUUCCAAUAAAAAAUAUAUAAAGAUAAAAAUUAGUUAAACGAAAACUGGUAUUGUGAUUUGAAUGAAUAUUGCAUAUUUAAAUUAAUAAGAAAAUGUGUUACUUUACUAGGUUUUAUACUUAUUCAUACAUAAACCGAAAUAUUGUUUAAAUACUUAAUUUCAUAAGAUUUCACAUACAAACCAAAUAAUUACCUAAUAAUUGUUUACGUUAAAAAAAAAAACAAGAUAUCUAAAAAUGAUGAUAGGAAGCUUUCAAAAUAUUCUUCCAGUUCAUUUAUUUUUCCAUUCGCCAUGCACAAAUACUUUGACUCGAGUUCAUAAAAAUUGUACCUAUUGUAUCGUAAUGUAGAAUUUUAUUGUAAAAUGUAAAAAAAAUGUGUAAAAUAAGCUAAUUAAAAAUGAAAAUUUAUAAUACGUUAUCGUAUUGUCUUAAUGUUUUUGUGUCACUAUUAUUUGUUUCUAAUAUUAUUAUGUCUUUAUCUAUUAUAUAUGUGUUAACAUAGCA